AAAGCUAAAAAUCAACGCUCGAAACGUUAUCUGGAAAAGUGUGAACCUCAAAUACAUGAAAAUGAUAAGAAGGCAUUGUUUAUUAAAGGUGGAAGAACGAGUGAAACUGUUACUAGGAUUUUGAAAGAAUUGGCGUCAUUAAAGAAACCAAAUUCGACAAUGUUUCAAAAAAAAAACAUGACAAGACCUUUUGAUGAUCCAACGUCCAUUGAGUUCUUCUCAAGGAAAUGUGACAGCUCUUUGUUCAUGUUUGGUUCCGACUCCAAGAAGAGGCCUAAUAAUUUGAUUAUUGGAAGGAUGUAUGAUUUUCAAAUUCUUGAUAUGUUUGAAUUUGGAGUAGCAAACUUCAAAUCUCUACAAGAGUUCAAGGAAGCUAAAGUGGCCAUUGGAACCAAGCCAUGUUUAAUUUUUUCCGGGGAGCAGUUUGAAAAAGUUGAAGAAUUUUCCAGAUUAAAAAGUCUAUUAAUUGAUUUUUUCCAAGGACCCCAAGUUUCCCAGAUCAGGUUGUCUGGAAUUGAACAUGUCUUUCACUUUGUGUUGACUGAUGAAUGCCUCACUAUAAGAAGUUACAAAAUUCUUUUAAAGAAAUCUGGAACGAAAGUACCAAGGAUUGAGUUGGAUGAAAUUGGUCCAUCGUUGGACUUGAAAUUGAGAAGGCGAAAGAUAGCUGGAAGCGACAUGUACGAACUUGCUAGAAAACAACCAAAAGCUGCAAAGAUCAAAAAACAAAAAAAUGUGAAGCAAAAUCCGUUUGGCUCCAAAGUUGGACAAAUUCAUAUGAAACAUCAAGAUUAUGAUGAGCUCCAAACCAGAAAAAUGAAAGGAUUGAAAAGGAAAAAAUUAAAAAACCAAACUGAACAAAAUAGUAAAAAAAUGAAGUUGACUGAGGACGUCGAUGUAAAUAAUAGCAAUGAUAAUGACGAUUUGGAAUAA